AUGUUUGUCGACCCCCGCCGAGGGUACGACCAGCCCAUCCUGAGGCUUCUCCAGUCGGCACUUUCCUAUGUCGCCGUGGGCUUCGCGGCCUACUCGUUUGUGCUUCUGAAGCGAAGCCAGUCAUCGGUUGGCGCCUCCGUGAAGCACAAACUGAUAUAUACGCUAUGCUUCUCGAUAUUGCUGGCAGUGUGGGCCGUGUGCACCUACGUGGUCUACCUUGAGCCCCUUCGAAAAGUGUAUGGACGUCCCAUCGUGAUAUCAUUCAUCGACUUGUCGUUUGUCGUCAUCUGGAUGUACGAUGCCAUUGCCCUCAGUGGUCGAGGGGGUCUUUGCGACCUCACCAACGAAAUUGACCUUGAUGAAGAUAAGCUGACGAAAGCCUGUCACAUUCAGCACGCCGCCUACGCCGUGGGCAUCGCGUUGAUCGUACUCUACGCCUGGACAUGGUCGCGACACGUAUUUAAAGGCAUGAUCCCUAUUGUCCGUGAACAAGGCAUCAUGUCACUAAUCAGACCACAAAUGUACCUUGUGGGGGCGAUGUCGUGGGACGACCACAUCACUCGCGAGACACUCCACCACCAAGGCAAAAACGCCCCCUAUAUUCCUCGCAAGCCCAUCGUCAUGACCGAUGUGGACAGUGUGUAG